UGUACUGUGCAAGGCAAAGGCAGAAGAAAUAUUUUGAGGUUAUUUUCGUCAAAUUGUUUCAGAGAAAGAAGAAAUUUAAAUAAAUAAUGUAAACUUGUUAUUUCUAAAAAUAGAUAUUUAAGUACCAACGUAUUGUUCAAAAUGUCUCUUAUUAGAGCUGGACUACAAAAAAUAUCGAAUGUUUUCAGUAGUGGUGCAGGUGGCAUUUUAUCAAGGUUCAGUUCCAACUUAGCAACACUAGAAAAUAAAACUGUAGAUACAAAGAAAGAUGUCAUUGCUACAUGUAACAAAAUUAUUGAGGAGAACAAGUCCCGUAACUUUGCUAUAAUUCAUCUUUUGGGCAAACAAUGGCGUGUGACUGAUGGAGACCUACUCGUAGUUGAAGGUUAUUGGCCGCCAAAUAUAGGCGACAAGAUUACUCUUGACAAAGUUUUGUUGGCUGCUACAAAAGAUUUUUCUCUGAUCGGCAGACCUUUAGUUCAACCUGGACUUGUGACAAUUACCGCUACUAUUAUCUCAAAAGGUCUUUCACAUACUCGAACCCAUUUCAAGAAGAAGAGAAGGAAGCAAUUCAUGAGAAUUAACUUCCAAAGAGCCCAACAAACAAUGCUGAGGAUAAACUCUGUAGAGAUUGCUAACAAAAUCAAUGAUGUUCCCAAAAAUGAGUUUUAAUUGUAUUUUACUAUGUAGAUAAUAAAACUAGUUUGUAAUCUAA